CUACAUCUGUCAUUGCCAUUAACAAACCCAUCCGCUCCUUCGCCUACCUCUCUGUAUAUCUGUUCUUCCAUUUCCAUUUUUCUUCGCUAAUUUUACUUCUUUCUUUGUGGAUUCUGGCUUGAUCAAUCAGUUCUGGCGAAUCAAAUGGCAAAAGAAGUUGUUAAUCCCGAUGAGCCGGUCGUUGUUGGAGAGGAAUUAGACCGUGUAAGAAUCAUCACUUUGAACAGGCCUCGGCAUCUGAAUGUCAUAUCAUCCAAAGUGGUCUCUCUGCUAGCUGAAUACUUUGAAAAAUGGGAAAAUGAUGAGCAAUCUCAGCUUAUACUGAUCAAGGGAGCCGGUCGUGCUUUUUCUGCUGGCGGAGAUUUAAAAAUGUUCUAUGAGGGAAGGAAAUCAAGGGAUUCUUGCCUUGAAGUGGUCUAUCGAAUGUAUUGGCUUUGCUACCACAUUCAUACCUAUAAGAAAACCCAGGUUGCUCUUGUUCAUGGAAUUUCAAUGGGAGGUGGUGCAUCAUUCAUGGUCCCAAUGAAGUUCUCAGUUGUAACUGAAAAAACUGUCUUUGCAACACCAGAAGCAAGUAUUGGUUUUCAUGUGGACUGCGGUUUCUCGUACAUCCUUUCACAUCUUCCUGGCCAUUUGGGAGAAUAUUUAGCUUUAACAGGAGCUAGGCUAAAUGGUAAGGAAUUGGUUGUAGCUGGACUAGCAACCCAUUUUGUCCCACUCGAGAGACUUCCUGAGCUAGAGAAGUGCCUGAUUAGCUUGAACGUUGGGGAUAAGAAUGCAGUCAAGGCUACAAUCGAGGAAUUUUCUUUACAUGUGCAGCUUGAUGAAGACAGCAUUUUAAACAAGAAGCAGAUAAUUGAUGAGUGUUUCUCAAAGGAUACUGUUGUAGACAUUAUAAAAUCAUUUGAAAUGGAGGCGGGCAAAGAGGGCAAUGAAUGGAUUGGUCCUAUACUGAAAGGGUUAAAAAGUUCAUCACCAAUGGGAUUGAAAGUAACAUUGAGAUCGAUUCGUGAAGGGAGGAAGCAGACGCUGGCUGAAUGUCUGAAAAAAGAAUUUCGACUAACGAUGUGUAUAUUACGGACCACAAUAUCUGCAGAUGUCUAUGAGGGUAUUAGAGCCCUCACCAUUGACAAGGAUAAUGCACCAAAGUGGGAUCCACCAGCUCUUGAACAAGUGGAUGAUGAGAAGAUAGACCUACUAUUUCAGCCAUUUCCAGAGGAUUUGGAUCUCGGAAUUCCUGAACAGGAAGACUUCAGGUGGGAUGGAAAAUACGAGAACUCGGUAUACGCAAAAUGAACAAGCAACGAAUGAUGUGGAUGAAGCACAAUAAAAAGUUGAUAGUCCGAAGCUGCUUCUUUCUAGGAAACUCUCCAAUCUCCAUUAAAGCAAUCUUAUUACGUUAGAUAACAGGUUUUAUUAUCCAUUUCAGGGUUCAUUUUCUGUGUUUAACUAUCGAAUUUUUCCUCUCUGAAUAAAGU